AUGUCAGAUGAAGGUCCAACAUGCAGUUUGCUGGGACAGAACGAUUGGCAUACGCGCCCCAAAAGUAGUGAUCGUCACUGGUGGAAUGAACCACGGAAUGGGUAUCAGAUUGCUUACGGCCGCGAUUCGGAAGACGCCCCCUAUCUCAGGGCCGGAUGUGGCUGCUCAGCAGCGUACACUGAGAGCAGCAUAAACAUGACAGAUUCUUUCCGCCUAUUCCUUACGCGUGAAGUGACGCUUCACCCUGUCAGCGACAUUCAGUGCAUCAGAGCUUGCCAGUACAUAUGCCUGGACUUCGUCAAUGCCAUCACCAGCAACAGAUUCGCUACCCCUGCGUUGCCCUACCUAGCCGUGUAUGCACAUGCGCCUGGGAAAUUACUCCGUGCCGUGUCGGUACUCGUGGGGUGCAUGGACCACUUCUUCAUCCAAAGUCGAAGCUGA